UUAAGUUUCCCACGCCUGUUGUUGUGGCGCUUGCCCUUUUCUCUCACUCUCUCUCCCCCGUCUUCCUCUGUCGCCCCCCUCUCCCUCCGUCCCCAGUCUGCGUGUUGUUGUCUCGUCGGCCCGUUGCUCUAGCAGGGCAAGGAUCUCGCGAGUGUUGGAGUUUGGGUGAGAGUUUGUGGAAGAUGGCGCCUGUUGUCACAGGGAAGUUUGGGGAACGUCCUCAACCACAACGCCUGACCAGGGAAGCUAUGCGGAACUACUUGAGGGAACGAGGUGAUCAGACAGUCCUAAUCCUGCAUGCCAAAGUCGCACAGAAAUCCUAUGGAAAUGAGAAGAGGUUCUUCUGCCCACCUCCCUGUGUGUACCUCAUGGGCAGUGGCUGGAAGCAAAAGAAGGAGCAAAUGGAGCGAGAUGGGAGCUCGGAGCAGGAGGCCCAGCCUUGUGCUUUUAUAGGCAUUGGGAACAGCGAUCAAGAGAUGCAGCAGCUUAACCUGGAGGGAAAGAAUUAUUGCACAGCCAAAACUUUGUACAUAUCAGACUCGGACAAAAGAAAGCACUUCAUGUUGUCAGUCAAGAUGUUCUAUGGCAACAGCGCAGACAUUGGCGUGUUCCUCAGCAAAAGAAUCAAGGUCAUAUCCAAACCCUCCAAGAAGAAGCAGUCUCUGAAGAAUGCAGACUUAUGCAUUGCAUCAGGGACCAAAGUAGCGCUCUUCAACCGCCUGCGUUCUCAGACUGUCAGUACCCGCUACCUUCAUGUGGAAGGGGGCAACUUCCAUGCCAGCUCUCAACAAUGGGGGGCCUUCUACAUCCACCUCCUGGAUGAUGAAGAGUCUGAGGGAGAGGAGUUCACAGUGAGGGACGGCUACAUCCAUUAUGGCCAGACCGUGAAGUUGGUGUGCUCUGUCACGGGCAUGGCACUCCCACGCCUGAUAAUCCGCAAAGUGGACAAGCAGACAGCAUUGCUUGAUGCUGAUGACCCCGUGUCGCAGCUCCACAAGUGCGCCUUUUACCUGAAGGAUACAGAGAGGAUGUAUCUGUGCCUGUCCCAAGAGAGGAUCAUCCAGUUCCAGGCCACUCCCUGUCCAAAAGAGCCCAAUAAGGAGAUGAUCAAUGACGGGGCUUCUUGGACCAUCAUCAGCACAGACAAAGCGGAGUACACUUUCUAUGAGGGCAUGGGGCCUGUGCACUCACCAGUCACACCAGUUCCAGUAGUGGAGAGCCUUCAGUUGAAUGGUGGGGGUGAUGUGGCCAUGCUGGAGCUGACAGGACAGAACUUCACUCCAAAUCUUCGAGUCUGGUUUGGUGAUGUUGAGGCUGAGACAAUGUACAGGUGUGCAGAGAGCAUGUUGUGUGUGGUGCCAGACAUCUCAGCAUUCCGCGAGGGUUGGAGAUGGGUGCGGCAGCCGGUACAAGUACCGGUCACACUGGUGCGCAACGAUGGGAUAAUCUACUCCACCACGCUAACGUUCACCUACACACCAGAGCCGGGCCCGCGACCCCACUGCAAUGCCGCCGGGGCCAUCCUGCGUGCCAGCAGCUCCAGCCUGCUGGGAAGUAGCACGAAUAGCGAUGCUGGCUAUGCUGGAGGCAACAGCAACCCCACUAGCGUCACAUCCUCUUCAGCUGCUGCUGCAGUUGUGUCCUAACACACAAAACACACGUAAAAUGACUUACAGGUGAACUCCUCAAAGUGCUGCAAAAAAAAAAAAAAAAAAAA